GGAGUUAGAGUAGAUUGUGCUGGAGAGAGUUGAUCUACUGCACGGUGUACAGCUGUGGAGUACUGGGGGUGGUACUGUGUGAAUGACAGAGAGGUGGGAGAGCUCUAUGAGAAAUAAAGAUGUCACUACAAAGGUGCCAAAAUGAAUGGGAAGAAAUUGACCAAGAAUUUCAGCAGCUGCAGGAAAUGCACAAAACAUACAGACAGAAGCUUGACGAACUUACCCAACUUCAGAUGACAUGUAGCAGUUCCAUCAGCAAACAGAAGAAGGGCCUACAAGACCUGAAGCUCAGUCUACACAGGUGUGCAAAAGCAAGAAGUCCUAAAGAAACCGACCAGAUCAAGGAUAUUCAGACACAGAUCAAAGAUAAGCAAAAUGCCUUCUUUGAUAUGGAAGCUUAUUUGCCAAAGAAGAAUGGGUUGUACUUAAGUUUGGUCCUUGGCAAUGUGAAUGUAACCCUUCUCAGCACCCAGGCAAAAUUUGCGUACAAAGAUGAAUAUGAGAAGUUCAAGCUUUACAUGACUAUAAUCCUGAUGUUCGGUGCCGUAACAUGCUGGUUCCUGCUGAAUUACAGAGUUACAGAUGAAAUCUUCAACUUCUUGCUGGUCUGGUACUACUGCACACUGACCAUACGGGAGAGCAUUCUCCGGAGCAAUGGGUCCAGAAUAAAAGGCUGGUGGGUUGUGCAUCACUACGUCUCAACCUUUCUGUCAGGUGUAAUGCUGACAUGGCCCGAGGGGGUGAUGUAUCGGAUGUUCCGAAAUCAGUUCCUGGCCUUCUGCGUCUAUCAAAGUUUUGUACAGUUUCUCCAGUAUUACUACCAAAGCGGCUGCCUCUACAGGUUACGAGCUUUAGGGGAAAGAAAUCAUCUCGACUUGACAGUGGAGGGAUUUCAGUCGUGGAUGUGGAGAGGCCUCACCUUCGUCCUCCCCUUCCUCUUCUUUGGCCACUUCUGGCAGUUGUAUAAUGCAGUGACACUAUUUGGGUUGUCCAGACAUGAGGACUGCAAGGAGUGGCAGGUCUUCAUGUUGGCCCUGACGUUUCUCGUCCUCUUCCUGGGAAACUUCCUCACAACGCUAAAAGUUGUUCACCAAAAGGUUCAGGAAAACAACGGGAAAAUGCGGAAGAAAGAAUAGGAAGAAGGAGAGGAAUGGGGAAAUUCUAGGUUUUCACACAGCCUAGUGAGGAGAAAUGGCGCAGCCGUUGGGCCCUUUUUUCAGAUGGUUCCAGAAAGGAGAGAGCCUCUCCGUGCGAUCUUGCUGACAUUGCUGGACUCCUCGCUGUUUGAUCAAGGCCAUGCUGAGUUUUCUUUGCGUCUGGUGGGUGACCUGUGUAGUUUUGUAUUUUUUUCACGCACAUCCAGUUCCAGGGGGAAUUGUAUAACCGUGGAACCACAAAAAACCCAGGAGGCCUGAAGUCGCUGGCAUAUCAACAGUUUUUUUUUUUCUUCUCUCUUUUCCAACGGAUUUUGGUUGUGUGCGUGAGUGCAUUGUGUACGUAUGCGGGAGCCUGCUCUCUCAAACUUUAUGCAAUACAGAAAUAGAAUAAAGAAAUUCAGAAUUGCAAUGUAAGACAUAAAUAUAUAUAUAUAUAAGAAUAGGAAUAUAAUGUAUAGAUAGGCAUAGACUAGAUAUGCUGUCACAAUACUGCCCUUUGAUCAAAGUGCAUGCAUCACAUUGCAGACUACUGCCUUCUCACAUGUCUAAUUGUAAAUUCUCUGUUUCUUGACAUGGCUAUAUUGUGAAAUGUCAUACAGAUUCUGGAAAAAAAACAUGUUCAGGAACUUCUGACAUUUAUACAACAUGAAAUGUGUUUUGUUAGAUUUUUUUAACCUUUGGAGAUGGUCAUGGUAAGAAGUAGAAUAGCCAUGGAGGUAUAACCUGCAAUGGUUAUCAGUUGACACUUGCUUUUGCUGCUAAACCCGCUGAGAUCUCUGGAUUAAUAUGACCUAAUCUACGUAGUUCAGCAGACAACGUGCCAAAGCCGUAACUACGUUGCCGAUGGAUUCUAAACCUGAACCAAAUGGCAGUAAAAUGAGGUGUGGAUUGUUCGUUAGGUAUUAGUGGCAUUACAGAGGUGCAAACAUUACAACACAGUGGUCAGUUUGUCAGUUGCCUUCAGUGAUUUCAUUCAGUGAUUAAAAAAACUAAAAAACAUUGCCGUUUUAUAGAAAAAAAGAAAAGUUAUGUUUACAAACAGCGGCUGCAUUGCCUGUCACUGUUGAAUGUGUAAUGAUCUCCCCUUCUGUUUUACCUGCAAGCCAUCCAUGAGGGAGCUUUGUAUUCUAAUUUCAUUAUUCUGUAAUAAUGCAGAAACUGGUGUUUGAUAAACAAAAGCAUUUCAUCCUUAAUUCAUUGACAGAAUAUACAGUUUAUUUGUAACAUGGCCGCCUCAACGCACAACAAAGAUUUUUUUUCCUUCCCUUUCCCCAAACGUGUGAUAAUGCUGUAUCCAUUGUGUCGUGUUCAGUUUUGUUUGCACAUAUAGCACGGGAUCUCUUUGGUGUCCGGGCCUUUGCUUACCCUGUGGAAUGGCAGUGGGCCAUGCAUGAUCUUUGUCUUCCUAGCCGCAAUAGAGCCGGGAUGAACAUUUUGUUCAGUGACAAAAACAUUUGUUGUGUUUUUCGGACUGUACAUUGCCAUAAAACGAUUAAAACUGACCUGCUGAGAUGUUUUCACAUCCUUUCUUAUUCAACAGCUUUGGGAGGAAGGUGGCCGUGGGGGGUGUAAAAGUAUAUUUAACACUCAUUCAUUGAUAGUCAUUAAUAGUGUUAGUCUGAUAAAAGCAAGCUCACUCAACUCAAGCCUCAACCAAGGGUUUAUGCAAUUUCAUGGUGUCAUCACUUGGUGGUGCUCAUGUAAUGAUUUCCUUGUAUGACGGUGUUUCUGGAAAUAUAUAUCGUCAAGUGCAGAAUUGCAGGUAAAAUGGAAAGUCAUUUACUCAGCGUUUUUCCUGGCUGAGAAACCUCAGUCCCCUUUUCAUUUGUGUCUGUGUUGUAAUUGGUUAUAACCUUCCUCAGUACACUGGUGAAUUAUUUAGUCUUGUACACUGUGUGCCCUUCGCUCUCUGCAUCAUCUCUUAUCCUUGCAACAGUAUAAAUAUCCCAUGUUAAAUUUAGGACAGUAGUGGGUGCAGAGAGAGCACUUGUGCGGCAACUGUGCUGUUAUGCCCCUGUUACUUUAUCUGGCUUCACCAGCAUACCAUUUCUUAAAUUCUAAGAAUAGACCGUUAUUCUGUAUACAAUGGCUCUUGCUAAAUGUGUUGUUUUUUGGUUCUGUACUCCUUCACACUGGAUUUUAAAUAAAGCCAUGAAUAUGAGUGCA